GCGGCCCGUCUCCAGGCGGCCGGCUGAAGAUGGCGGGCCCCGGGCGGCUGGCGAUGCGGGCGCUCUCCGGGUGCGGCUGGGUUCGCGGCUCGGACCCCGCAGUGCUCAGCCGCCUGCGCGACGAGGCCGUGGUGCGGCCCGGCUUCCUGAGCCAGGCCGAGGAGGACACGCUGACCCGCGAGCUGGAGCCCCAGCUGCGGCGCCGGCGCUACGAGUACGACCACUGGGACGCGGCCAUCCACGGCUUCAGGGAGACGGAGAAAUCCCGCUGGUCCGAUGCAAGCCAGGCUAUCCUGCAGCGGGUUCAGGCGGCUGCCUUUGGCCCUGACCAGACCCUGCUGUCGUUGGUCCACGUAUUGGACCUGGAACCUCGGGGCUACAUAAAGCCCCAUGUUGACAGUGUCAAGUUCUGUGGAUCCACCAUCGCUGGUCUUUCUCUGCUGUCCCCAAGUGUUAUGAAGCUGGUGCACACCCAGAAGCCUGAGCAGUGGCUAGAACUGUUGCUGGAGCCAGGCUCCCUCUACAUUCUGAGGGGUUCAGCCCGAUACGACUUCUCCCAUGAAAUCCUUCGAGAUGAAGAAUCAUUUUUUGGGGAGCACCGGGUCCCCCGGGGCCGACGCAUCUCAGUGAUUUGCCGCUCCCUCCCUGAGGGAGUGGGGCCAGGGAGGCCAGGAGAGCCACCCCUAGCCUGCUGACUCUACGCCUAAUCUCUGGACUUGUGAAUAAAGUUGGAAAAAGAAUAUCAUGGGCAUCUUCAAAUUACCAUCUGCCAGGGCUAGGGCCCUCAAGAGACAGCCUGGUGGCUGCUGGGGUACCCCAUCACACACACUCCUAAGGCCAUUAGAACAUUUCUUUUAUUGCAUUAAUUGAUCCCCAGUCCCAGGUCCCCUUGUCGUCUUCACUUAUGCAAGUUUCUAAUAAAUGUCAUCUGACCCAUUCAAAGCCCA